AUGGUACCGACACCUCAAGAACUAGAAGUAAUUCGGCACGAGAGAGAGGAGUACCUCAAAUCCGGAGAAAGAGUUGUUAUUUCCGGGAUGUCAGGUCUCUUUCCCGAUUCCAACCAUGUGAAGAAUCUUGCUGACAUUUUGUAUAGCAAGAAAAAUCCUGUUUCUUUGAAUCCACGGUGGAAUUGCAAUCACCCUGAAGUCGCGCAAUAUGCUGGUCGUAUACCAGAUUUGGAACUGUUUGAUGCCCAGUUCUUCAAGGUGCACUAUCGUCUAGGAAAUAAAAUGGACCCGAUAGCUCGCAAGGUUCUUGAACAAGCAUACCAAGCUAUAUACGAUGCAGGCGUAAACCCGGAACAUUUUUCGGGAAAGAAAGUUGGAGUGUACAUAGGCACUUGUGUUUCUGAAUCUGAGAAGAUUUGUUGCUACAAAACAAACUCUACAAACGGGUUCGGUAUUGUUGGAUGCAAUAAAUCAAUGUUCGCAAAUCGUAUAUCCUACUGCCUGAAUGUCAAGGGACCAUCGAUGUCUAUCGACUCAUCUUGCUGCAGCUCUAUAAUGGCUCUGGAACUAGCUUACCUCGCAAUGACUCGUGGAGAUUGUGAGGCAGCCAUUGUUGGCGGUGGAAAUGUUUGUUUGCAUCCUCAGUCGUCGGUGCAUUCUGGAAGGACCAUGACCAUUAGUAUGGAUGGAAAAACCAAAUCUUUCGACGAAAAUGCAUCUGGUUGUGCAAAAACUGAAGCUAUUAAUGUUUUGUUUCUCCAAAAGGCUAAGGAUGCUAAGCGAAUCUACGCCGAUGUUGUACACGUAAAGUGCGAGUACCAACGACUUAUGGAAGGCAAAACAGGUCCAAAAUUUGGAUUCUGUCGUGAUCCUAUGAAAUUGUCCGAAUUUUUAACAAACUUUUAUAAAGAAGCAAAAGUUCCACCUCAGGCUGUUGAAUACGUUCCUGGAAGCCUCGAUCCUUUACCCGAGGCUGAUAAAAAUGAGUUAGAUUCAAUAGAUGCUGUAUUUUGCAACGAUAGAAAUAAACAACUACUUGUCGGUAGUGUUAUGUCUAAUAUUGGUUAUGGUGAAGCUGCAUCUGGAAUUUCUGCCGUUAUAAAGGUUCUUCUGGGGUACCACAGAGGCGAGUUGGCGGCAAACCUAUACUGUGAAACGCCAAGACGAGACGUCGAGGCGUUGCGUGAAGGACGCAUGCGCAUCGUUACUGAGCAUCAACCAUUUAAUCGUACUUAUACUGCCGUUAAUGGCUUAUCUAUUACUGGAAUCAAUUCCCAUACUCUCUUACAUGGUCAUUAUAAACCUAAGGAUUUAUCUCGAUACAAGUCUAACAUACCGCACUUAGUUACAAUUUCUGCGCGACAAGAUUCAUCGGUUAAGAAAAUUCUAGACGAUUUAAAAUCCCGACCCAUCGAUCCCGAAGAGCUUGCGUUAUUGCACAACAUUCAUCAGUUAAAAAUUUCUGCUCAUAUGGGCAGGGGAUUUACUAUAUUAGAUACCAAUGCAGACCAGCAGACAGUUAGCCUAUGUGAAAAAGUGGAUUAUUUUGACAAUGCAAAAAGACCUCUGUGGUUCGUUUACAGUGGAAUGGGAUCACAGUGGGCUGGCAUGGGCGACAAACUAAUGCGUAUUCCAAUAUUUGCUGCUGCUAUUGAACGAUGCCGUCGAGUUUUAGAGCCAAAAGGCGUUGACAUUGUACAUAUUAUCACUUCACCCGAAAAAUCUACUUUCGACAACAUUCUAAACUCUUUCGUCGGAAUAGCGGCCAUUCAAAUUGGACUUACUGACAUCCUUUGUGAGCUGGGAUUAGUGCCAGAUAAAAUAAUCGGUCACAGUGUUGGUGAAUUAGGAUGUGCGUACGCAGAUGGAUGUUUCACUGCAGAAGAGAUGAUACUUGCUGCUUACUAUCGUGGUCUUGUGUCAGUGCAAACUCCAUUUAUUCGUGGUUCCAUGGCAGCAGUUGGCAUUGGAUAUCAAGAGAUAUCGAAGAUGUGCCCUCCUGGUAUUGAAGUUGCAUGCCAUAAUGGACCAGAUUCCAGUACAAUUUCAGGCCCCGCAAAUGUAAUGAGGGAAUUCGUAGCUCAAUUAACUGCUAAAAAGAUAUUUGCAAAGGAGGUCCCAUGUUCAAAUAUUGCUUAUCAUUCACGGUACAUUGCAGACGCGGGCCCUGGACUGCUGAAAUAUUUAAGUGAAGUCAUCAAAUUGCCUAAGCUCCGUAGCGAAAAAUGGGUAUCGACUUCAGUGCCGCAAGAAAAAUGGAAUGAACCCAUGGCUAAAUAUUCUUCUGCAGAAUAUCACACUAACAAUCUGCUUAAUUCCGUGCUGUUUGAAGAAACUUCUAGAUUGAUACCACACGAUGCGGUGCUUGUAGAAAUAGCACCACAUGGUUUACUUCAAGCGAUUCUGAAGCGGUCUUUAGCAGACACUUGUCGACACAUUCCACUUACUCGUCGGGGACAUACUGAUAACGUGCAAUACUUAUUAGAAGCUAUUGGAAAAUUAUUCAUGGAAGGAUACAAUCCUAAAGUGCAAGCACUUUAUCCUAAGAUCGAAUUUCCUGUAUCAACUGGAACUCCAUUGUUAUCUCAUCUGGUGGAAUGGGCUCAUCAUGAAAAGUGGAGUUUACCACUCUACGUGUCAGCAAAUCGAAAAUUUACAGCAUCGUGUAAAUUCAUCUAUUCGAUACAUGAUGUAGAAAAUAACUAUUUGACUGGAAACGUUUUACGAGGAAAGAAUACAUUCCCGUUCGCAGCUGCAUUAAUUGCAGUUUGGGAUGUACUGGCGAUGACUAUCGGGGUGCCCAAAAAACAAUUGUCAGUUCAAUACCAUGAUGUGAAACUUUAUUCCCAGCCUAAUCUGCAUUAUCAACGUCAGUUACGACUUUUGGUAUCUUUUCUAAGAGGUACCGGGUAUUUCGAGGUCACGGACGAUUAUUCUAAGAUGGCAACGGGUUACAUCACGGGGAAUGUGGUUGAUAACAAACCAUUUUUGCUAAAAUUUACUUCAAAUGAAGAACUUAAUUUAAAAUCGGACGACAUUUAUCAAUUGCUACACAACAGAGAUUACGAUUAUAGCGGCCAGUUCAAAAGCAUUCACAGCGCUAAUAAAUCUCUUACGGAAGCGAAAAUAUACUGGCGAAACAACUGGGUAACAUUCCUUGAUGGUAUGCUGCAAUUAAAUGCUCUGAAGCGACCUCAUCACUCUGUAUCUCAACCAACAAACAUUAGAAAUAUUAAAAUUGAUAUCAAAAGACACUUCAAUAAUAAACAAAUAUCAGUGGGCGAUGAAAGAGUCAUGACUGCUAAUGUUUUUGAGACAUAUAAUAUCAUCAGAUGCGGAGGUGUCGCAAUAGAGGAUGUUAAAUUCCGCAAUUUAGCGCCAUUAGAAAAGGAAACAGAUUUGAUGACUUUGAAAUUUGUCCCAUACUUCCAACAAGACAGAACUGAUUUCGAAACAGCCAUGUUGGUAUAUUUGCAAAUCGUUGCAGAAAAUUUGAAUAAGAAUGUUAUUAGUAUACUAGAGUUGUGUGAUCAGAAAAGUAACGAAGUUCAUUUUCGGAAUCUUAAUGAUGUAUUUAAAAACGUACCUUUUAUAGAGGUCCAACACAAAAUGAUUUAUAAAAAUAAUGUUUUAGACGAACGAGCCAACUUUUUAACAGAUGUCGAUUUAAUGCUAGUUACAAAUUUAUCAAAAGAUGAUAAGUUAUGUCAAACUCUGUACCGCGUACUUUGUCGAGACACUUUCAUCUUAAACAAAGAGAAUUAUGCAAAGGAUUUAUUUAAUAGACCGUCAGCACUUUAUCGUAUUGUAAGUGCACAGAAUACGAAAGACGAGAGGCUUGAACUGGUACGCUGGAGACCUACAUCUAAUGCAGUCGCUACGAGUACCUAUACAGUGCGCUCUUCUUCUGAUCUUGAUCUAUUAUCUUCUACUCAAGCAGCAUUACCACAAAGACACAAGCUCCUUAUUAUUACAUCUUAUCCGCCUAUAGAUGGACUGAAAAAUCUUGUUCAGCAAUGGCGAAAGGAUCGCAAUCAAAUCUUUGUGAUUAUGAUAAACAAUAGAAUUUCCGAAAAUCAAAACUUAGAUCAACUGCCCAAUUUGGAUUUGGCGUUCAAUGUGUUGGAUCAUGGACAAUGGGGUGGUCUGUUCUUCAUACCAUUACAGAAAAAAUUAUCUUCAACAUAUGACAUCACUCUUCAGAACUCUUGCAUCGGAGAUUUUAACUCUUUAUAUUGGGUUGAAAUGCCACGUAUUAACGGUCCUGGCGUGAAAGUAACCGUACAUUUUGCUGGAUUGAACGAUACUGAUGUUAAGAAAUGUGCUGGAAUAUUUCCACGUAACAACGACAGUAAUGAAAAUAAUUUCGGAAUGGACUUCAGUGGUGUAACUGAAAGUGGGGAACGUGUAAUGGGAUUAGUCACGGGUGGUGCUGUUAGUUCACGUGUUCUGGCUCGUCCCGAUAUGUUAUGGCCCGUACCUGAGCACUGGAGUCUCGAAGAAGCAGCAACAGCACCUCUUGCGUACUGUUUAGCGUUCUACUGUCUUGGUAUAAAAUAUAAACUUUGUCCCGGUAUGACCGUACUUGUUCAUGGAGGUGCCGGAGCGAUGGGACAAGCGGUAACAUCGAUCGCUUUAGGCCUUGACUGCAAAGUCUUUACGACCGUCAGUGAUAUCAACAAAAAACGUUUUCUGCGUAAAUUAUUCCCGGAGUUAAAAGAUGACCAAAUAGGGAAUUCACGCGACUCAACAUUUGCAGACAUGGUAUUAACGGCAACGAAUGGAAACGGUUGCGAUAUCGUCAUCAGCUGUAUUUCUGGUGAUCUUAAACACAUAUCCAUAAAAUGCGCUGCAUCGUGGGGUGUAACGAUCGAUACGGCGCAAAUUCCAACCCGAGAUAACUUUUAUUUCGGAAUGCAUAGCAUGACUAAAGGGAGGUCGUACAUAGCUAUUAACUUCAGUCAGCUCUUUUCUCAAGAAUGUAAUGUGGAAUUAAGAAAAAUACAGUUGAUGGUAUCUGAGGGCAUUAAGCGUGGCUACGUACGUCCGUUGUCACGAGUCAUGUAUGCCCCCAUGGACGUUUCUCGUGCUUUUCGCCUGUUAGCCGCAAGUCAACACCGUGGACGUGCACUAAUUCAACUUCAAGCUAACAUUAAUACUCAAGAUGGGCUUUUCCCAUACUUUAAACCUAGAAUGUUCUGCUCUUCAGAUUUAAGUCAAAUAAUAUUUUGCAACAAUGAAAAUUUAGGUUUAGAGUUUGCAAAAAAAUUAGUUAACCGUGGCGCCCGUAAAGUGUACUUGCACUCCUUAAAACAUUCUGAAUAUCUUGACUAUGAAAUCCGGUCACUGGUAAAACAGGGUGUUCAAGUAAAGCUUACUAAUGAAAUAUUAAAAAGUGAAAACGAUAUUACAAACUUGUUAAAUGAUUGCAACAAUCUCGGCACAGUUGAAGGCAUUUACAUAGUAGGAACAAACGAAAUGUCUGAUGCUGGAUCAGAAAAUUUAGUUCAACUACUGGAUUUAGUUUCAAGAAAACUUUGUCCACAUAUUAAGCAUUUUGGAGUGCUCAGCAUUAAUGUGGACACUGGUCUUAAUGUUUGUAUCUCCAGAGCUCAAGAUAGGUUGCCAGUGACGUUAUUGAUAGUACCCGCCAUUAAAAAGAUGGGGUUAAUUGAAGGUCCGUCUACUAAUGAAAUGAUAUCAGAAGUAGAUGCAAUCAACACAUUUGAACGUGCGUUGCGGUACCAUGGACCUGUAAUAAAUGCUCGAGUUCGCACGAUGCCAUCUCAUACUCUUUUAGACAAAAUCGCAAAUGUAGCUGGCAUUGAAGUACCUACUGAUGUGGCGGAAACAACUACUUUAUCAGAUUUAGAUUUUCAAGUUGAUAGAUCUAAAAUGGUUUCUACCUACCUUAGUGAUAUUCAUAACAUUUCUAUAUCAGACGAAGCAGUAUCCAAAUUGACAAUUCAAAAAAUACGGGAAAUAGACGAAACGAUAAAUGAUAUGGAAUUUAAGGACACAAAGGGCUUAGAGACAUUUUAUUGCCAUGUCGACCUCGACGAACUACUUGUGACUACUGAAAUGGUGUUCUUGCCAACCCUUGCAAAUAGUUCUGCUAUGCGUGAUGACGAAUUUGAUGUUAGUCAGACGUACUUGUGUAUUAUACCUGGCUUGGAAGGACAUCAUGUACGUUUCCGUAUUCUGUGUGAACGCCUGAAGGUGCCUGCUAUAAUAUUGCAGCCAGGUCUUGAUCGCCCCGAUGAAACUAUAUCUAAUCUAGCUCAGCGAUAUGCCGAGAUACUAUUAAAGAAGGUUUCACUGAAAGAAAACUUUUAUCUAUUGGGUUAUGAAAGCGGAUCUUUAGUAGCAUUGAAAGUGGCUGCUAUUUUAGAAGAUCACGGUUUAACCGGGACCGUGUUUUUUGUCGGUGAAUCUCCAGAAGAAGUCCAAAGCACUAUAAAGGAACGACUUAAGGAGCAUGACUCUGAUGAAGCAUUACAGAUUGCAGUCGCAAAACAUAUUGUCAAAUUAAUGGUGGCUGGUAGCACAGAUGAAUUAGAAAUUGCUCUAUGCCGUGUACCAACUUGGCACGAAAAGGUUGAAGUAUGUCUUCGUUUCAUCUUAGGUAGAGUGUCACACUCUAUGCAGUAUGCGCGGGAACUUAUAGAAUCUGCAUAUGGUAGAAUAAAGCAAGUGCUGUGCUACAACUUAAAAGUACAAGCGCUGCGUUCUAAAUUAGUAUUAAUACGAGCGGCAUCAUCCACAGGCAAUCCCGAAGCACUUUCCUUGCAACGUCAUUCACAGCAACCUAUUAGUAUAUACCAAUUGCGUGCUCCUUUAGCCUAUACUACUUCGGAUUUGCGUUGCUCCGCUGUCAUUAACAGCCAUCUUAAUACCGACACAUUGAAGGCGUUUGAAAAGAAAAAUCUCUGUGACUCUUACCUGUUUAAUGCCGAUGUGUUUGUGACAAUGGAUGCAACUUACACUUCUUAA